GUCGUAGAUCUAUUCGAGAAGACGUGUGCUGUCUGCUAAGUCAAGUUUGUAGGACAGUAGAUCGCUCACAUUUGCGUACUAAGCCACAGCUAGUGUUUUAGAUUACUGGUUUCUCUGUUGCUUAGUCUUCACACUUGUGCCAAAAUGGCUGCAACCGCAAGACAUGAGAAAGAUAUGCAGGAAAAGGCCAAACGUGCACUAAUGACAGCAACAGAUCCACUGGACAAGCUGAGGCAGCAGUGUUUGGCACGAGGAGCUACGGGAAUUAGCAGCUUAGGAAGAACAUUCCGUUUGUUUGAUGACGACGGCAGUAAGCGCUUGGAUAUUAAUGAGUUUCGGAAGGGAAUGCACGACUACGGAGUCCAGCUGAAGCCAACUGAGGUGGAGGAGCUGUUCAAUCUAGUCGAUUCAGAUAACAGUGGUUCGAUAAACUACGAAGAAUUUCUGAUGGUAGUCCGGCCGCCGAUGUCGAAGGCGCGGGUGGACAUCAUCAAGAGGGCAUUUUCCAAGCUCGACAAGACGGGCGAUCACGUGAUCACAAUGUCCGACCUCAAGGGCGUCUACAGCGUUAAGCAGCAUCCCAAGUACCAGAACGGUGAGAUGACCGAGGAGCAGAUCCUCACGGAGUUCCUCAACGUAUUCGAGAAGGACGAGAAGACGAGAGAUGGCAUUGUCACCGGGGAGGAAUUCAUGAAUUACUACGCAGGCGUCAGCUCCUCCAUAGACACUGACUGCUACUUCGACCUGAUGAUGAGGAACUCGUGGAAGUUAUAAGGCAGGUACAGCCAGAUCAGGGAGCCUGAGUUUUUGAACUACUACAGCUCCGUGAGUUACUCCAUUGAUGACGGCGCUGCCGGGGACGCUUACUUCAACCUCAUGAUGACCAACUCCUACAAGCUGUCCUAGGACCCGUGGCGCCCUCUACCCGCCGACGACGGCACAAACUGCGAAGUCCGGAUCCACCCGCGGCGAAAUUUUACUCUCUCGCGUAGUGAGCGUUCAAAAUGUAUUCUGCUUUCUGGUGUUAGGCGCCGGUGUGGGGAAACUUUAAAUUACAUGAUAAUGUAUAUAUAUAUAUAUUAUAUAUAUAUAUACACUAGUCAGUUUAGUCCCAAGUCCCUAGCACGUACACUUUCUCGUUCAGGCGUUUGUCGGUAUCGAUUGUACUUACAAAAUACGUUGUUCUCAAUAAUAGUAACUAAAGGUUACUAUAAUUCUUAAUUUUGUUUAAAUUUAAAUAAAAAUGUCACCUUUAACUACCGAUAUUAACAGCAUUCGCUGGGGGAAUUUUUAGAUGUAAUGAAAAGUACACGGAAAGUAUCUUGUGUCUUCUAAUUGAGUAAUCGAGAAAAUAAAUGAGCAUUUUCUCUUUAUACAUAUUUUCAAGAGUAACAUAAUAAAAUUAACAUUCAACAAUGUUAAUGUUAAUGUAGGCCUACUAUUGACAAUAACACUAUAAUGUUUAUUUGAUAUUCGGCACCAAUUUAAUUCCUGCCGAUACAAGGUACAAUCAUGGCAGAAAGUUGUUGUAUAGCUUCAACUCUGAUAGUAUGAUAAUUGCUUCAGAUGAGACAGAUGUUAUAGACAAUGAGGUGAGAUAGAAUAUCCAUGUACUGUAUGGCAAUUGUUCUUGGAUUCCUGCCUCUUCUAGCUUGGUAAUGAAGAGCCACGGAGUACGCGAGAUCUUUACUCUAGCGACCACCGGUCUCUCCGCUAGUGUGGAUUUCUAAUCCAUUUCAAUUUCUCUUUCGUAAUUUUAAUCGCCUUCAUUUAUCGUACCGUCCACCUGCAAUCCUCCGUGCAUAUUUAUCAAUACGGGUAGGGUCAAGCCGUCCUUACACACACGCGCAUAUAUAUAUAUAUAUAU